CUUGCUAUAAAAAACAUUGUAAACAAAAAGUAGCGGCAAAUUAGAUUAUAAAUUUAUUUAUUUCUUGUCAGUGGUCAAUUAUUAAUUAUACAUAUAUGUAAUCACUUGCAAAUAGUGCUUCACUAAAGAAUUUCUAAGUAAACAAAAUAAGAGCAAAACAACUAAAAAUCUAACUAUGCGCUUGUGUGGGUUAGCCAUAAAGCAUUGAAUUGUUUUUGUUUUUGUUUUUGCAUUACAAAUUUGCAACAUAAUCGCUGAUAACCUCAACGAUUGUUUUUAACAUAUAUUUGAUCGCUUAAAACAAAGCUGUUAUUUAUAGUUGGUUCAUUGUACUGACAAAGCUCUAGAGUAUAACAAGUGUAUUCACGGAUUAAAAAGUAAAAUGUUGAACGUGCUGAACCAUAGACUUAAAUUAUUUAAAACUUUUUGCCUGUGGCUGCUAGUAUCGUUUGUCUUGGUUGGGUACAAAACUGAAAGUGCCUACGGACUUAGAAAGUUUCGUCAUGGCCGAUUAGUGCAUGGAUUUUUGGGUGAACCAAGUAAAAUUCCUACACUUCAACGCGAAGAAGAAGUCAAGGACUUAUGGUUUCCACAACAAUUAGAUCAUUUCAACAACAAACAAGAUGACACUUGGCAACAGCGUUAUUUUGUUAAUACUGAAUAUUACCGUAAUGACAGCACAGCACCAAUUUUUCUUAUGAUAGGUGGUGAGGGAGAGGCUUCGAAAAAAUGGAUGAAAGAGGGUGCUUGGAUACAUUAUGCAGAACAUUUUGGUGCACUAUGUUUUCAAGUUGAACAUCGUUAUUAUGGUAAAAGUCAUCCAACCAGCGACUUAUCAACAAAAAAUCUUGCCUAUCUUACAUCGGAACAAGCUUUGGCUGACUUGGCUGCUUUUAUAAAGGCAAUGCGCAAAGAAUACAAUCUUGCUAGUACACAAAAGUGGAUAGCAUUUGGUGGAUCCUACCCUGGGUCUCUAGCUGCAUGGUUACGUGAAAAAUACCCUGAUUUAAUAUACGGUUCAAUUAGUUCUAGUGGUCCAUUACUUGCUGAAGUUGAUUUCAAAGAGUAUUUUGAGGUAGUAAAGGCAUCAUUGGCUAGUUAUAAUCCAGACUGUGUUGAAGCCGUAUCGCGAGCCUUUGAGCAGGUUGAAAUCUUACUUAAGCAUAUGAUUGGUCAGAGAAAUAUCGAUGAGAAAUUUAGAACGUGUACACCUAUCAAAGACUCCAUUGAAAAUCCAUUUGAUUUGUCUAAUUUCUUUGAGAAUCUUGCUAGUAAUUUUGCUGGUGUUGUGCAGUAUAACAAAGAUAAUAGCCCACAUGCUAACAUUACUAUUGAUGAAAUCUGUGACGUUAUGCUAAAUACUACGAUUGGGCCUCCUGUAACUCGUUUAGGCAUUGUAAAUAGUAUGAAUUUAGAUAAUUCAAAGGAAAAAUGCUUGGAUUAUAAAUAUGAUAAAAUGAUAUCAGACAUGAAAGAAACUUCUUGGACUGCUGAGUGCGCAGGUGGUUCUCGGCAAUGGACAUAUCAAACUUGUAAUGAGUUUGGUUUUUAUCAAACAUCAACAAAUAAAAGUGAUACAUUCGGCAACCGUUUUGGAGCAGAUUUUUUCAUACAUCAAUGCAUGGAUAUAUACUCAGAUAGAAUGGAUGCAGAAUAUCUCGAUCAAGUUGUAGCUAAUACCAAUACCUUCUAUGGUGCUUUGAAGCCUGAAACUACUAAUGUAUUGUACGUACAUGGUUCAAUUGAUCCUUGGCAUGCACUUGGUUUAAUCAAUAGUAAAAAUCCAAAAACACCUACAAUUUAUAUAGAAGGAACUGCACAUUGCGCAAAUAUGUAUGAACCGAUCCAUACUGAUCCACCACAAUUGGUUGAAGCUCGUAAUAAAAUAAUCAAAUUUUUGGCAAAAUUAUUACAAAGUUACAUUUCUCUCUAAUAUUUAAGCAACUAACAGAUAUGUACGAUUGAAUAAAGAAUUAAUUAGUUUUUACCAAAUAACUUG